AUGAUUUCUUCAGAUUCUAAUCGUCGUCAUCAUGCAAAUCAGAUGUAUAAAUCAGAUGCAUCAUUAAAUACUUCAAUAUAUUCGGAUAGUAAUUAUAAUAGUUUAAACUAUCGAUUUUGGAAUAUACUCAACUGGAAAGGAACUGGUACUGAUGAAAAUUCAGUGGAUAAUGGGGAUGAAUUUGGUUCGACUCAAUCAUAA